AUGUGUAAAAUUAAGACCGUUUUAAAGUAUUUAUUGGUUGCAUUGGAAUUAGGAUUUUUGGAGGGCUCAAGAUUCCGAUGUGAUUAUAUGUCCACAAAUGUCGGCUGGUUCAAGUAUCAUGAAGUACCGCUCAAUUUUCACGACGCAUAUCUGCAAUGCAAAUAUGAAGGUGCCAUGUUAGCUUCCCCGAGUACAGCUGAAAUCAAAUCUGUUAUGAUGGAAUUAAUGUGCAACGCUGAUAUACUUACGGGUAUCCAUUCUACUUUCGCUAAGGGCCAAUUUCAUUCCAUUGAUGGUAUACCAUUGGCACAAAUUUAUCAUGAAUGGGCCCCAUUCGAACCUGAUAAUAAAAAUAAUGCUGAGAGCUGUAUUGCCAGUAACUAUAAAGGCAAACUAUCCGAUGUGAGUUGUGAUGAACCACGACCUUUCAUUUGCCAUAAGAAGCAUAUAAAUAUUGAUCCUAAUGAUUGUGGUACUACAGAUCCUGAUUACCGUUACGACAAACGGACCAACAAAUGCUAUAAACUUCACAACAAACCAAAGAGAUUCGCGCCAGCCUUUUUUACUUGUUCUGCCGAGGGUGGUCACCUUGCCAUCAUAAACAGUGAAAAAGAAUUGAAGGUCAUCCACGAACUUCAUGCCCUAUAUCCACCAAAUAAAAUAGCUGGACACUAUGAUAAAAAUAGCGCUUUUCUUGGAUUUUAUUACGAGGAAGAUGUCGCUGAUUGGACAACGAUUCAUGGAAAAACUUUAGAAGAAGCUGGAUUUGCAAAAUUUCAAGAAGGACAACCAAGCAAUAGCACUACAGGGGAAUAUUGCGGAGCAGUGUACCGAGACAGCUUCUUCAACGAUGUAUCAUGCCACAAACGUUUCGCGUUUAUUUGCGAAAAAAGUCCUCAUUAUCCUGAAAUUUGUGAUAGUGAGAAUUUAGAACGUCAAGCAAAUUACACCCGUAUUUGUAGACGUAAUUUUGAAGAUAAAGGAAAAUCUUCGCCAGGUAAAACUAACAACCCAGUAUAUUAG